UGCUACAGUUCGUAUAGUGCCGCUCUCCGCCACCGCAUUGCUCUCACGGUGCUUUCAUAUCUCGGGCAAGGAGGGUAAACUUCGAUGAUGUCGUGAUCCCGUGAGAGGAGCACACGCGAGAGUCACGCGUACAUACGUGACCAAGGAGGACCGGGGCGGUGGUGUUGCGCUGAUCCCACGCGAUCAUCCCGCUGAGGGGGCGAGAUGACGUCUCGACGGAGCGCCGUGCGACCUCGUCGCUCGUCGCGGAUCGCCGCUUCUCGCGCGUAAACCCAAAUUCCACUCGUGAAAUUCCCGCCCGACCGCCCGCGACGUCGAUAUCGAAUCUCGUCCGAGAUUCGUUCCCCUAGGCACCAAAUUUUCACCCUGGGACGUCUCCGUCAAACGACGAGAUAGAGUAAAGAUACGCGACGGUCGCCCGACUUGAGAAACUGUAGUUUGUACAUAACUAAAACUCGUCCCGCGAGACAGCUUCCGCGGAGAGAAACUUCUACGCGCUAAUCCCGAGUUCCGAGAUUGGAAUUUAAACUCUUACGAGAGAAAUCGUCAUUAACCCCGCCUGGCGCGAAUCGAAGGAUGCACGUGAUCCUAUUUAACGCUAUAUCCGAUUAGAAUAUGUCGCGUAAGUCUUUAAAAAGCAAACGAGGGGAAAAGGUCGAGCACGCUGCAGCGACUACACCGCUCCGGUGGCGGCCGAGAGAUGACUAUACCAGUGGCGAGAGAGAGAGAACGAUAAGCCUAUUAUCAGCUAGCUUUAAGUGAAGCGGGAUUGAUCGUGUAAAAAUAACCGGCGCGCAGCACAAAAAAAGAGGAUCACGUGGCGGGAAUGCGCGCGAGAUACACUUUGCGGCGGCAAUUAUAUCAGUGCGAGGUACGCGAUCGUCAAGAAGACCGUAAGUGAAACCCCGUGGGUGACUUCCGGUCCGGGAAGGGGGUUCCCGCGUGAGCCGCGUACCUCGCUCGCCGCUCCGGAAAUGCUCGCGGGGAUCGCCGUAGUGUCGGGUGAUGACGAUUGGCGAGCGAAUUGUCCGUAACAAGAUUAGAUGAUGACGGAUUCCCCGACACCAUCGACCAGCAGACAUCACGACGACAAAUGCGACAAGCCCGAGAGAUCUGAUAAGACGGUGUUACUGCAAAUUCAGGACAUAAAUAGUCAGGUAGCGCAGUUCCGAGAUUUGCUCAUUAAUAUCGGACAGCCGCGCGACUGUCCGGAGCUGCGCGAAAAAAUACGGAAGCUGCGUCGAAACUGCGUGGAGGCUUGCAAGAAUACAUCUCAACUGGUACUGCCGCAUGUGCAAAGUGCUAUGGACGUAGGAAUACCGGUUGACAGUCCAAAUCUGGUGCUGUUGUUUUACGUGGCUCAACUCUUCUUACGCGAACUGCACAAGAGUAAAAACCUCAUAUCCAUCAUACCCAUGGACAUGACCGGAUAUUACGAGAAUCGCGCUGGUCCCUCGUAUAUCGGCAAUGUGGUCUCGCAGAUCCUCCUGUGCAAACAGAUUAGACCGGACUUCAACGAAGAGGAGCUCUGCAGCAUACGAAAGGACUCGGAAGAGAUCGGCCAGCUGAUAGCGGAGCUACAAGAAUUUAUGCCCCAAUCUGAGGCUGACACGGAGAAACCGGUGGCCCUUCACAAUCCUGGGAACAAAAUCAAUCGGAACAACGGAACACGGAGGAUGCAUCGAUGGAGCAGCAACAGAGACCGACAAUCGUCCUACUUCCGCAACGGUUUCAGAUUUCUGUGCUGCGCCGCGAGUACUAAUUACGUUUAACGUACAUAUAAUUCAUCUCGAUUUAUUAAAACGUAAUAUAGUUCCGAUUAAUUUAAUAAUGAAUAAUUAACGCACUGAUAUUUUCGCAGUGAUUUCAACGCUAAAUUCCCUAAAAUAAAAAGUUAACAGGAAUCGACGGGGCUUCGGCUUCGUAAACUAAUCACGAUGAAAAGUUCCGUUUAUAAAGUAUCCUAAGAAAGGCGUAGUAAAUAGUUUGGCGAUUUAUCUUCGGAGGAAUGCUCAAAGUCGCUUCGCUUUCGACGAAGCUUUAAUAUCACGCGUUCAUUUAUCGUAAUUUCUCAACCAGUCUCCGCAUCAUUAAUAUACGUCUCUCUUAGGAUACUCUCUAUGAAAGACUAUACGGACAAAGAACGUUGCAACGAUAACGUCGGAAGAUACACUUCGAGAGGCCUAACCAAAAGGCCUAAAGCCUAAACCUGUCCCACUCGAGAGAUAUCCUUGGAACAAAUUUUUAACGCACGUACAGCCGGUGACAAUCAAAGUAGAAGCUCGAGAUGUCAAUAAUUAUUACAAAUCACAUCGCGAUAGAUACGGGUAAACAGAUGACGGGAACAGAUGAGGCAAGUAGGGGGAAUUUCAGCACUUUUUUCGUCUUUCAACAAGAAUUUUAGUGGCACUCGAUACUGCUCCCAUUUUUUGGACGUUCUUCUGUAGUCUUCUCUCCUAAGAACUCGCUGUCCCAUUAAAUUUCCAAGUCGCGGACAAAAGAGCCGCCAGUGUCGAGGAGCCUCUUUAUUCAAGUCCACUCCACAAUCGUUUCAUCAAUCCCGCUAUAAUUGCUCGGAUGAUCUAACUCAAAUUUUUUCAAAAUCGUAUCUCUUACGGUAAUCAAUUUUCUCGGUUCGUCGCGUUUAGAUCUAUCGUUUGUGUCAAAUUUAAUCGAUCUUCAACAAGAUAAAUCUAAUAAUAAUCGCUCGUAAUCAAAACUAGCUCGUAAUCUUUCGAUUCCGGAUCUUCAAAUCCUAGAAUCUAGACGAACGCAUUUGAAUAUAUUGUCGAACGUAAUGUCGAAUAUAUUGUCAGAAUAAAUCGCGUCUGUGUCGUGUCAAAACGAGUAGAUGGUACAUUAUGGAGCAAUUAUAAUAUCCUAGCGUAUUUACAAGUGAGUGGACCAACCUCGAUCUAUUUAUAAUGCGCGACGGACGCACACGCAUUAUAGCUGUAGGUAUCCGCGUUUCGCAUCUCGCGUAUAUAUAUGUACAUAGAGAUUGUCUACAAAGCAAUACGUAGGAGUUCACACAGAGAAGCGUUGCGCAGAGAUAUAAAUACAUAUGUAUAUGUAUUAUAUAUAUGUAUGUAUAUAAACGAACAUAGAUUUAGUCGCGUACGAUCGUUCAUACAUUUCUCUCACAUGUAUGAAAUAUUAUUAUAUAGCCGGAAGCACCAUCGUUAUCUCGUGACUUUAACCCUAAACAGUAUCGGUGUUACUCAAUAAAAAUAAAAGAGAACUGAGAGAAAAAUCUGUCUAAAGCUUUAACGAUCAGUUUUGUUCCGGAAGGUUGCUUUUGGUGCUUUAACUCGCAAUAAUAAAUCUAUCUAUUGAUAUAUCGCAGUGCAAAAGGGAUAUUUUUGUAUUUUCGCACAAAUGGAGCGUUACUGUUUCGGGUUAAUAACGAUGCUGCAUACGACCAGCCUGCAGCGGGCAUCUAUGAAGAAAAAACAAGAAAGAGGAAGAGAUCGAUACUAUGAGAGCGUUAAACAGCCGUAUACAUUUACGACCGCAAUAAUAUAAUAUAAAAGAUACAAGAUAUUUUAUUACUUUCUCUUUUUAUCCGAAUAUUCUGACAUACUUUUUUAAAAAAUGACCGCACCUUUGAGUAUCUCCCGCGUUAAUUGUUACGUUCAUCAAGGGAUCAUACGUGAUAUCUCGAAUAUUCUAUAUAGUAACUCGAUUGAGUUGUUACGUAAAUUAGACUAAUUGUAAGAUCGCGUAACGCGCAACAGGAGAGAGUGACUAUUUUAUACGCGUUGCGCGGAAAGAGACGAAAAGACACAGAAUGAUUCGCGGUGGAAUGACCACGUCAUGGCACGUUUCUUCUCCUAUUCCAAGCGACGCGAGAUUGUACGUUCGAUUAAAUUACACAUAUCAAUCGUGAUCGGGAUCGAAGAGAGAAAAAAAAAGAAGAAACGAUCGGCGAUCUAGGGCAUCAUUCUUAAAAAAUUAUAU